AUAGAAUACGAUUUCAAGUCACAUGGGCGUUGUGGCCGCCGCCUCAGGUGUAAUGCCUCUGCAGGUGGAUCAACUCAGCGGUGGCGAGGUGCACGGGCCAGGGCCAGCCACAAUGCUGCAGGCGGCCGCCGUUAUGUCAACAAACGAGCCAGAACCAAUGAGCAUAUCAGCCGUGCCCGUAUCGGUCUCAGCAAUGGGCACUGCGCAUAGCGCAGCGGCUACUGCGUUUCUUUUCAAUAAUUUUGUAACAGUAGCGGCACCACCACCGCCACCACUGGUUGCCAGUACGCUAGCGCCACUGGUUAAUACUGGCAUGCAAUACUUAGACAAAUCCUAAGCUCCUGGGCACAGCCGUACAAGUUAUACAGGUAUUAGAGCAACGGCAUCUACUAGUGAACUACAAAGAUACGGCAUCGGGAUCGAAAUCGUUAUCGUAAUCGGCAGAAGAUGGGUAAAAUAGCGGAAAUGUAUGUAAGCAUAGCCCACUAAGAUUUAGUAUCCCUCAAGUUAAGCAGAUGUGCCGACAUACAACAGAUAUAUAAUUAUUUAUAGAACUUAAUUCCUUAAGCUACUGUUUCGAGCCGAACAUUAUUUUUACAAUUGUUAACUAAGGAAUCGGAAGUAAAGUACUCUUGUAUAUGUAAUCACAAUUCAUAUUUGUACAUAAAUUUAUACAAUUUUAUUAGUGUUAAUCAUCAAAAAGCAAAAAUGAUUUAUGUAUCGACUAGCUAGCAUGUACAUACAACUUUUUAAAUAUAAAUUAUUUAAAAAUGG